AUGGCUACCUUUACGCGGUUCGACAAGUACAAGCUCCCUACCGAGUUCCUCGAUGGAAACUUCAAGCACACAAUUGUCGCUAGCCCCAGUAGGGUGGAGACAUGGGAGAGGCUCCAUCAGCUCGGGGAAGGUGGGUUCGGUACGGUCUAUAGGGAAAGGUGUCGCGAGACCGGUGCUGUUCGAGCUGUCAAGCAGAUCAGGAAGUCGCUGGCAAAAUCAAACGAAAUAGGUGUCUUGAUGAAACUUAGCUCGUACCACAACAUUUUGUCCAGCUCGCGGGGUGAAGAGGAGCUGACAGAGAGCGAUGCGAAGUCUGUGACGGUCCAGGUGCUCGAGGGACUGGAGAUCAUGCACCAAAAUAACCUCUGCCACAGGGAUCUAAAGCCAGGGAACAUUCUUAUUGCAAGGUGGAUGCCACUCACAGUCAAGGUUGUUGAUUUUGGAGUCUCGAAGCAUUUUGACGGCAUAAUCGAAGGACGCACAUUCACCGGCAGUCAAAAGUACAUGGCACCCGAGAUCUGGGGGAUCUUGCAGAGCGAUACCAGCACCUAUACAACAGCUGUCGAUGUCUGGUCCCUGGGCUGCAUGGUUUACGCUAUGCUCACGAAGGAGCCUCCGUUCCCCGAACCAAGAGGGCUUAUCGACUAUGUUGAGAGUCGUGUCACAUUCCCUCCCAGAAACCUCCAGAACGUCUCACCUUUGGCUGUCGAAUUCAUGGCUAGUUUGUUGAUGCCACUCCCAGCGGACAGAGUUACUGCGGAACAAGCAAGGCAGCAUUCUUGGAUUUCAGUCGACUCAGGAGAUGACACCGUCUGGACCAUGCUCCCGAGUCGUCGGAGUAGUAGAGUCAACUCGUUUCCAGCCAAGACGGGCCCCCUGGUACCAGUUAUACAAGAUGAGGAGGAGGACGAGGAUAAAACCGUGCUCGACCCGUAUGACACCUUCCUUAGUACACAUAAAUCAAAAUUACCAUCCAACUUUAAACCCAUUCAGGUGAAAGCGCUACCAAAACAACCGCAGGCGAUUGCAAUCGCUAAACCCACACGGAAAGGACCGAAAGAAGACGCAAUGAUCGUAGUAGCAGCCAAUGGUAACUUCGCGCUUGUUCGGAGCAUGCUCGAUAGAGGAGCCGAUCUCAACUCACUAGAUUACCAAGGGAGAACGGCACUCAUUUUUGCAGCCCUUGGAAACCAUCUCGCGCUUGUCCAGUUCCUAGUGGAAAGAGGUGCACCUGUCAGUCAAGGUAACGAAGAGGGGAUCACUCCUUUGCACACAGCGGCCGAGGAAGGACAUCUCGCCACCAUGGAGUUUCUUCUUGCCCAUGGUGCCAGUGUGAAUGAGAUGUCAUUGGAUGGCCGUGAUCCCCUCUACUUUGCUGGUAUCUCGGGAAACCUGGAGUGUGUUAUGUUCUUACUCAAGAAUGGAGCGGAUAUGAAGCACCGCACGGCACAGGGAUUUAGUGCUUUGCAUACAGCGGUUGAGAGAGCACAUAUCGCCGUGGCCGACUAUCUUAUACAACUGGGUUUCGAUGUGAUGGAAGAGUCGGUUGAUGGCAGAGCGGCAUUGGACUUCGCGGUAUUAUCAAAUAACGAAGACAUCGUCAAAUUCUUGGUGAAUAAGGGAGCAGAUGUCUCGCAUCGUGAUCACCUCCAGGGAAUCACGGCUCUGCAAAGGGUAGCUCAAGUCGGACAUCUCCCCAGCGCCGUCUACCUUUUGCAAAAUGGCGGACAUGUGAACGAAAUGACGCCGGAUGGACGUACGCCAUUGUAUUUUGCUUGCGCGUCAAAGAACGUUGAGCUGGUGAGGUAUCUGCUGCAGAAAGAAGCAAAUAUCCGCGACCGGACAGAUGAUGGAUAUACCUCACUGCAUAGGGCAGCAGAGAGCGGGGAUCUCCCCAUAAUUAUGUAUGUUCUGGAACAAGGCGUGGAUAUGAUGGAGCCGUCAAAUGAUAACCGAUCACCCCUCUACUUUGCAACUCUAUCGGGAAACGUCAGCGCCGUCCUGCUUCUACUCGAGAAAGGUGCAGACAUCCGAUGUGUGACCAACACCGGGCAGAACUGUUUAAUGGUGGCGGCUGCGAGGGGGCAUAUCCCCAUGAUUGACUUUUACCUGUCACAAGGUUUCGGAAUAGAUGAAAGAGAUAACUCGAAUUAUAAUGCUCUCCAUUUCGUCGCGGAAAAUGGAGAACUAAAGGCAGUCCAGCAUCUUAUUGCUAAAGGAGCAAAUAUCAUGUCAACGAUCAUCACAGGGGCCACAGCCCUUUCUCUCGCUGGGGAGAAAGGGCACAGUGAAAUAGUUACCUACAUUCUCGAGAGACUGGAAACCGGAAACACCGCAAUGCCCCCUCCUCCUAUUCGCCAGAUAGACAGCCCGAGAUUCGUUGGAUACCAUCCACUCGACCAGCCGUACUCUAGUGAUCCUAUUCUCCUGAGCCCGCCUCCUUCUAUUCGCCAGAUAGACAGCCCGGGAUUCGAUAGAUACAAAUCACGAGCAAUCGCGCCGUACUCUAAUCUUAAAGCCAGCUCCAGUGUGUCAGUGGCCUCUGGGUGGUCAUCGGUCAACUCGCAGGCAGGCAUGUCAUCGUCGGUUGGCUCCGCGUCCUCGAAAAAGUCUCGGAAAGGAUUGGGCAGCAUGAUCAAGAGUUUGUUCGGUUGA